CACCUACUAGGCUGUGUGAAACAGCUCAUAUUUUUGCCUUCGAAGUACUAUAUGGGAAGGGUACUUCAGAUUCCAAGUGACGGGGAUGAUCCGAGGAAGCUAAAAUCAAAACCAAAAAAGAACGAAUAUUUUGAACACUUAAAUAAAGCCUCAGCUAAAAAGAGGUUUGUUCCCAAAACAUCUCAGAACGGAAAACUUCAAACCCAGAAAAAAACACACUUCGAUCAUCCUAGUGACUUGGAAUUAAUCUGGCCAGAGUACCAUCCCCUCCCCCAUCCCAAGUCAAAAUAGUAAGUUCCCACAAUGUCCCGACUAACAAUCCCGAUAGUCAAGGGAGUAUACUCCCUUGCAAUAGUAAAGAACUUGAAGGAUAAUGCCAAUUCUCUGUGGCCAACGGACUCAAUGCUAUAGUUUACUUCAGUUUUGAUUUUUGAUUUUUUCGCGAUUUGCUCACGACCAAAUUAUGAAACCUAUUAUAUAUUUUACAAGAAAAAACACAAACAAACGGUCAGUCGGACAGACAGACAGAGAACAUGAGAAAAAAAAACUCCGUUAAGAUACAAAAACAUGAAAGUACGACACUGCCGGAUACGAAAACCCAGAAACCAUUUAGUGAAAACUGAGGGGUUGGAUACGGCCACCUGCUGAAAUCAGCUUCUUUGUCCACACCACGCGGGUAGAAGUACUCGGAAACUAGUGAUUGCGAAAUACUGACUGGAAUAAUACCUAUCACAGAAAGCUACUCAUGAUGUCUUCUAGCAGACCCGGUCCUCUUGGUCCGCGUCGUCAAAGUAGCUCAUCCCGACCGUUUCCACAUAUACUACAAUAGGCUCCCUAGAUUUCGCACAGGUAGCCCAAGCUCGAAAUAUGAGCACCGGCUAGCAUCGGCAUUGUUGCGUAACAUUCAAAAUAUAAGGAUUUGUAUGGGAAAAAAACCUAUCGUUUCUGUAACCUACGAAAAUGAAAGGAUUUCAAUAAAGACCAGCUUACCUAUAAACAAUGUAAACCUUUAUAUAUAGAGAAAACCGUUUACAUAAAAACCCAUAAAACGGCCAUAAAUCGGCCCGUGGACCACACAGGGGAGACGUAACACACAUUUUAAGUAAGGUAAGCUGUUUUUUUUUUUAUUGAAAUCAUUUCAUUUUUGUAGGUUACGGAAACGAUAGGUUUUUUUCCCAUACAAAUCUUUUUUUUUAAUAUUACGCAACAAUGCCGAUGCUCGCCGAUGCUCAUAUUUCGAGCUUGGGCAACCUGUGGAUUCCCUAGCCUCCCACGCAGACGUUCCUGCCCCACGACAGAUGGGGGAGAUUGCGGGACGAGCCAAAAGAGCGUCUGCGCGGAAGGCUAAAGGUUCCCACGAUGAUACAAGAAAAGUCGAGUCAUGUAUUCCGCAUGCUCGUGUUCAUCGAGAAAAAAAAAAUCAUUCAAAGUACCACUUGAAAUUCACAACUGCGAUUUUAGUUCCAGGACAGACAAAAAAUACAAGUGGUGACGAGUGAGGCAGCAUCGAAAAGCAGUUAGAGCGCUGGACUUGUAAUUCGAAGGCCCAACCUUAACUCGCCUUAAUGCUACAACCCCGGACAAAACCUGUUGAGACAAAUCGCGAAAAUGCCUAUUUUUUCCUGUCAUCCCGGCAAAAACUGAAACCUCCGCCAAAUGAAUGCCCGAUUUCCCCCCUCCCCUUAUCCAAAGUUGUUUAGGAUAGCAUGGCAAUUAUACACGUUGGUUUUUAGACCAAGGCAACUUUGAAUAGGGGGUGGAGAGGGGGUUUACUUUUUGUGUUUAGGGGAGACGGGAGUAGGGCGCAAAAGUUAGAAAAUAGACGGAAUUGUCUCAACAGUUUUGUCCGGGGUUGUCUGUGAAGGCCAGUUGUUCAAAUCGCUGUAACUUCGCAAUGUAAGGUCGGAGGGUAUUGAUUUUUUGCACAGAUGUUGUAAUUGUCUAAAGCUUUGUGAUUACGAAAAAAGGUGUCAUAAAAACAAUUAGGACGCAUUAAUUAUGCACUUAGAAAUUUAGCCAUAAAUUAGAAACCUUGUACCUAAAUGAGAAAGAAAUCAUGCUCUUUACAGAAAAAGUAUUGAAAUUAAUUGUGAUUGGUGGCCACGGUUAAGGAGUUACUGUGUGUCACAAAUAUGAUAUCUUAAUAGGAACCUUACCUCCGGCCUUUUUGCCAACGUUAAUUGUGCUUACAUGUCGAAUAAAUUAGAUAAGACUGGAUAUUUAUUAUAUUUGCACAGGACAACUGUCCUGUUCAAAAAUAAUAGUGCGUGGUGUGCAGGUCAUGCACGAGGACUCAAGAAUGCGGCGGAGCAGUUAAAAAUACCCCUUAGAGGUAGUGAUACUUAGUUGCACUGACAACUUUCUCCAUGUAGUUACAGUAGAACUGGAAAAGUAAGCUUCACCGAGUUAACAAUACCCGCGUUUACUGAGUGUGUAAUUAGAACAAUUUACAACAUAUAUACCAGAUUAUCUACGUGACAAAAUAAUGGAAUCCAUGCCGAUAAAACCGUUAAUUUUUCUAUGACAAUUAAGGUCAAAAGAACAAAUAUUAACGAAGAACUUCCAAAAUGGGUAGAAAUAGGAUGUGUAGGGAAAGCAAUGCCUCUUUGAUCACAAAUACAGCGAAAACAUGUUGUCACGCGAUGACAGUUCUUUUGUGGCAAAAACACAGCGCAUUUCAUGACAAUUACACCAGUGUCAAAAAGUUUUCCCUUAAGUAAAAAGGUCUUUUUAAUGCUUGAAAAUCAACAAAAAGGUUCUAUAUACUACGGAAAAUGCUUGAAAGCACCGUAAACGCUUGAAAUAAACGAUUAACAGGCACGCACAUGUUUAUUCCAACGGUUAACAACGGUUGAACAGCGGAAACUGAUAGUCUAACUGUUGUUUUUCCUCAGAAAGGUUGUUAACCGUUGUUAACCGUCGUUAAGCGAUGUUUCUUUCCUCUGCCGUACUUUAUUCGUUAAGUUAACCGUCUGCGAGAAAAGCUACUCCGUUUUUGUUGCAUAACAAGCUCAUCAAAGCACCUUACACAUCAAGGGAUUUCCCGUUAUUGUUCCCGCGGGAUCUGCGUGGAGAAAUGAGAGAUCCAUCAUACCACAUUCCAGUUCGUACACAAUUCCACAUUUGCUGAAACUGAGGCAAUGGUGUCCUAUUAAGUGUAGGAUCUUUGCACUGCACUUGGCGAACGACGUAAUCACUGCUAAGGCAAAUUACUCGCGGGAUGGAAAAAUGAGCCAAAUUCGCGUGACUGUAAGUGACCAGAUAAGCGCACUAACCUUCCUCUCACCCAGUGAUUCAUGCGAUAUUUCCGAGCCUCCUGAAAAUGAUUCGUCACUAUCGGAAGUUCUCGAGAGAUCCAUUUUGUCUGGCGAUUACACAUCAGUGUCAUCAUUUGAGCACGCAAAGCGUCUACGGACACGUAAGCCGUUGAAAGUCAUGCCCAUGGUAACGUCACAGAGUAAAUGUCAUUUGACAGAUCAUGUAAUCAGAGUGUUAUAACUUCAAUUUUUACUGCAAAAAUUUUAUUUCGCAUUCAAAAGAAAAAAAAAGUAUGCUGAAACAAUGGCUUUUAUCAAUUUGACCAAAAAAGAGGACUAUAACUUGAGGUAAUUGCUAUGAAAGUUAAAGAAUACCGAAAACAGUCCGUAGACAACCCCGGACAGAACCUGAUGAGACAAAUCGCGAAAAUGCCUAUUUUUUCCUGUCAUCCCGGCAAAAACUGAAACCUCCGCCAAAUGAAUGCCCGAUUUCCCCCCUCCCCUUAUCCAAAGUUGUUUAGGAUAGCAUGGCAAUUAUACACGUUGGUUUUUAGACCAAGGCAACUUUGAAUAGGGGGUGGGGAGGGGGUUUACUUUUUGUGUUUAGGGGAGACGGGAGUAGGGCGCAAAAGUUAGAAAAUAGAUGGAAUUGUCUCAACAGUUUUGUCCGGGGUUGUAGCUGGAUUUGGUCUCGGUAUUCCAGCAUGUUCCAGAGUUCAAAUACUCGGCAGACCUAACAUCAGAGUGGGUCCGAUGGAUCCCGAGGGAUCUUGCGAAAAAGAGAGAAAUUGCAAAAAGCAAAACAUUAGAAAAACAGCAUGGAUAUAG